AAUAACAAUAUCUUUUGAACACUUAUAGGUUGAUGUCGCUUGUAGUUUGUAGGACAAAGCUGAAAGAUUUUUUGUUUGGAGAUAAUAAAAAGCCAUGUCUAUCAGAAAAUGAGCAAUAAACGAAUCAAUAUUUUGCUACAAAUCUUCAGGAUUAUUCAACAGAUGAAUUCCAAAAUCGCAUUCUUUUCAAGAUUCAUUUUUUAAAUAACUAACUUUUUUUCAGCAAUCCAAAUUCGCCUACCCAGCGCAGUCCACUGGUGGACCGGACACUUGACCUGUAUCUUAACAAACAACGUUCUCGAGAAUGCCUCAAAUGGGGUUCAUUCAACAUAGCUCUUCUAUCCAUAAUUAUGUUUGACGUAUCCAAUAAGUGUCCCUAUUCUUUCUCUCAUUGGUACUAUGUGGAAUAUGCGGCCGCAGCAAUUAUAUUCUGUAGCGUGGUAUACUACUUCAGUCGUUACUUCUAUUAUAUGUUUAGUAAAAAACCGCUGGAAGGAACGGAUACUCAACGAAAAUUGUUAAAAUUCGACACUGACGAUAACUCCUUCAUAACCACCACGCCAGCACCUAAAAAGCAGAUUAGUUCUGUCCAUGCAUCGACGGGGAAUCUCUCGUCUGUUAGUUUGCAUUCGUUCAAUGAAAGCGGAUUAACCGCAUCACCAGGAUGGGUUUUCAAUCGUGGUAGUCCACAUCGCCAAGCAGACAGGAACAUAUCGGUUUCCAAUUACACGUUCGAAAGUUCCUUCAGUACGAGUGCGAAUAAUUCUACAAAUUUUUCACCAUCGCUUAGAAAAGUUGCUAAUAAGAAUGAUUUCAUUGUCGAUGAAAAAGGAUUACAAAUUUACCUGAGAGAAGUUUCCAAUGAAGAAAGGAACAGUAGCUCAUUUAUGGAUGGAAUGAACACAUCUGGAAGUACACUGAACUCGUUUUGGAAUAGCUAUAAAUUGGAUGAUAUGUCGAAUUUGCUGAAAACAUCUCUAUAUCAGCUUUCGCCAUCGGCUCCACCGAGUAAACAAGCUUUAAAAGAGCACGAGAGCGGAUCAUACAACACAAUCGAUUCGGAAGUUGGCUCCGAGGUAUUGAAAAAAGUGUCGUCAGUUCAACUGUCGAACUAUGUUGCCAACUUGAGAAUGUGGGUAUCGCUAACAAUUCUUCAGCGAAUUGUGUCGGAAAUGAACAGCAUCGAUAAUUCGUUUCGAACUCGUGGGUUCACGGAUAUUCAGCUUGGGAGUGUAGGCCUGGAGAGACUCAAGAAAACCGCUGAAAAUCAGCAGUUAGUGACGCUUUAUAUUCCUAAACUGCCAUUGAUGAUUCCCUUUCUGGAAAUGUCUACCAAUCAGGAAUACUUGGUCCAACGAAUAAAGGACUUGUCCAAAGGCAGUUGUAUCGCUGAUUAUCGUUGGAACUCUGGCUCCGCCUACAAGGGACUAAGCUGGGACGAACAUCUACCUACGGAUUCCGCCAUCGUAUUCCACCUGUUCUGUACCUACAUGGAUAGCCAAUUACGGCCAUUACCACAACCUGGCGGUCGUCCAUUUUAUCAUCGAUAUGUCGUGAUUGCCGAUAAAAAGAGCCCAAAAGAAACGUUAGCGGAAGUGAAAACAAAGAACAAAGCAAAGUGUGCUAUACUUUGCUCUAAUCCGUUGAAACCAAAGUUUAAUUUCAUCUCGGAUGACAAGAUCCACAACAGUGCUUACGAUCGCAACAAUCUUUUCUACGUAAUCAUUCAGUUCCUAAUUUAUAUGAAAAAUUACCAUGAAGGCGCAGUGGAAGGAAUCAAUCUCGGGAAAAGUGGUAUCAACAUAUUAUGUGUGGUGGAAGAUUGAGGGAAAAACGGAAGUUAUUCGUUAUACCAAAAUUCACAUUGUGCGGUCGCUAAUACCCUCCAUUAUGCGCUACUUUGUCUAGCGGAUGAUAGUCCAUUUACUAGAUUUGUUCAAUUCUUUUAUAAAAAAAA